UAUAAUUUAAGUUUGUGACGAAAGUUUCGGAUUUCUGCUGUGCCAGUUGUUAAAAGAAACGCUUGUGAAAAAUUCAUGAAAUUUGCUUACCCAGAUUGUGUGGUAACAGCAUUUAAUCAUUCCCAACAGAAUUUAGCCAUGCAACAGCAGCAACAUCGUCAGAAUGUGCGUGCCGCUGCGGCGCCGUACAGGAAGCCUUUUCGUCCCCAUAUGCAUGCAAAUCCAAAGAAUCCGAUUAUGUACUCCUCCAGCCAGAUGCCCAGCGAUCCGCUCUAUAUAGACUUUAACAGUCCAGUGCAAGCACCUCCACCGACAAACGCCGUCGAAGCAGCUGUGCCCAUGCAAGCCGCACAAGCCGGCAAUAAUGGCCAGGCAAAUCAAGGGCAGACAGAUGGCGGCAAAAAAAAGCAGCUGAAAGGUAAACAGUUCAGGGGCAAUAAACAGCAACAUCAACAGCAGCAACAACCGCCUUACUCACCACAAAUGCAUCCAAUGCAAAUGCAUGGCGGAGACCCCAACUGGCAGCCGCAUCCGCAUGGCAAGCACCGUUUUUACCCACCGAAUGCGAAUCGAUUCAAUGGACCACAGCGCAAUGGUGGCGCCUUUAACAGAGUACAAAUGGGUGGAGGACCGCCGAUUCGUGGCGGAUCACGCCAUAUGAUGGGACCCAUGGGUCCGGGACCAAUGGGUCCGCGUGGACCUGGUCCUAUAGGAGGUCCUAUGCCACCAUAUCCGCCCAUGCCUUAUCAAGCACAAAUGCCGCCCAUGCGUUGCCCCAUGCCACCCAUGGGUGGUCCACCGCCACCGCCUUUCAUGCGCCGCAACGGACGCGGGCCGCCUUUGCCGCCGCCUCUGAUGGGUCCACAUAUGAUGGGUCCGCGCAUGCCGCCGCGUGUCAUGCCGCCCGGCGUCGGGCCCUUCAAUAUGAACCACAUGAAUGACAAUCUAAAUGGCGGCAAAAUAAAGAAACCUAAUCCGAAGUUAAUUAAGCAAGUGCUCAAAGGGAAAAGCACAAUUAAAACGCUUAAAAAUUUAGUUAAUCAAUAUCCUAUCGACAAACCUUGGGUGACAGGCGAGAUACGCGCCGAGAAUGACAAAAAGCUGGACAUUGAGAAUCGACUGAAAGGCAACAAGGACGAUGAACUGUUUGCCCAGUUCAAAGUGCAGCGCGAUAGAUUUGUGUCCAUGUAUGAAAAGGCGCGCGAGUCGUUUCUAAAACAGGAGGCCGCCUCCGUUAUGGGCAAGGAUGCCAAAGACAAAGACAAAAAUGCAAAUUCAAAUCAGAACGCCGCCGCUUUGGUCGGAAUUACAAAAGAUGCAACAAUUCCAAAUGCAAAAACCCAAAAUCAAACCGAAUUAAAUCAACAACAAUCACAGCCAGCGAAAACAAACUAGACUCUCACUAUCUAUCUAUAUAUAUUAUUAUAUAGAUAAAACUCGGCAAAUGUUUUUCUAAUUUGUUCUAUUUGUAUACUGGCAAUAUUUAUAACAAUACAUAGAGAUUGAAAGAAAGAAAUGCAUGAAACCUGAAGAGAGCGCGAACCAUUCAAUCAACAAUCAACAGCAAAGCAAGCAAUGAUGAUAAUCGUAGCGCAGUUAAAUUAUAAUAAUUUUAAAUAAUAAUGUUAAAAAACAAUCAAAUACAAUAUUGUGUCGCUUCGUUUUGCGACUGAGAACUGAGCUUAACUUUAAAUUACAGAUCAUCAAUUCAAAUUGAAAGCAAUUUGCAAUAAUUUGUAACAAUUUCA